GGGGGCUGCAGCGCUGGUGCUGCUGAGGUUGGAAGCAUUUCCAGGGAAAAGUCAAAAAUGCCAAAAUGCAUCGUUGGUUAUUGCCAUAAUUAUGCGGGAAUGCGGAGGAACUACUCCAAUGUAAUUCUCCACGGUUUUCCCACCACUCUUGACGGAAUAAGAACCUGGCUGCGAUCUUUAGAGCGAGGGGGUCAGGUUUUCCACAACCUUGAGGAGAUGGCCGCCAAAAUCCAUGAGGGCAAAAGGCACGACUCCUACCGCGUUUGCUCUGAGCAUUUUUCCAACCAGUGUUACGUGACGGUCGGAGAGAAGAAGGUGUUAAAUAAAAACGCUGUUCCCACCAUCUUCAUGCCCCGUGUGAUACAGGACAAAAAAUUCACGAGGAGGAGAAUCCCCGACGGUCAGAAACCACCAAAAGCCAAAAUGCUCUGCAAGGAGAACGCCAAACUGGCGCAACGGGGGAAUAAUCUGACAGAGAUGCUGUUAAAUGUCACGAUAGAGAUCCUCUGCCUGCUGACCGGAGAGGAUUAUCUCCUGAUGAAGAAGACCCCGAGACCCCAAACAGACCCUCAUAGUCACCCACAGGUCCAUGACCGAAACAAGGAGAAGAUCCUAGACCUCACCAAACAGAUCAUAAAGCUGCUGAGGGGCGAGGUUCCUAUAAGGUGUCAGGAUGUGGCGGUCUAUUUCUCCAUGGAGGAGUGGGAGUAUGUAGAAGGACACAAGGAUCUGUACCAGGACAUAAUCAUGAUGGAGGAUCAGCUGCCCUGCAUAUCAUCGGGUCUCCCAUGUGACAAGGCGUCCCUUCCAGGAGUUUGUAUAAUUUGUUCCAAACAAGAUAAAAGUAUUUAUAGUGGCCAGAAAUCUCCGUGCCAUGAAAUGUGCAAAAUAGAACCGGCAAAAAAUGUCUUAGGAGCAACAAACUCAAGAGACAAAAUAGAAAACCUAGAACAUAAUGGCCCCUAUUCAGACGCGUCAACAUUCUCCGAUGAUGGAGGAGACAUCACAAACUCCUGCGGUAACACAGAACAGUAUGUAUGUAGGUCGGAACGUGUGACGUCUGAAGGAAACGUUCUACCAGAUGUCAAUCAGUCUACACGGGCAGGAGGCGACCAGCACUGUCCAUCUACUCCUAGUGACACCUACACAUAUACACAACAUACGCCGAACAAUCCAACUAUUCAUCGAGAAGUGGAAUGUACAGCGCAAAAAAGAAUGUAUACUCCAGAAAGUAUCUCGGCUAACACGUGUAAUAUACCCGAGGAUCAUGCACAAUACACAGCUACUUGUAUUAUGGUGGAGCCACUGGAUGGUGUACAAUAUAGAACUACUCGUAUUAUGGUAGAGCCAGAGGAUAAUGCACAAUACACAUCUACUCGUACUAAGGUGGAGCCAUUGGGUCAUGGACAAUUCACGUCUACUCGUACUAAGGUGGAGCCAUUGGGUCAUGGACAAUACACAUCUACUCAUAUUAAGGUGAAGCCAUUGGGUCAUGGACAAUACUCAACUACUCAUAUUAAGGUGGAGCCAUUGGAUGAUACACAAUAUACUUCUACUCAUAUUAUGGUGGAGCCAUUGGGUAAUGGACAAUACUCAACUAGUCAUACUAUGGUGGAGCCAGAGGAUCAUACACAAUACACAACUACUUGUACUAAGGUUGAGCCAUUGGGUCAUGGACAAUGCACGUCUACUCGUAUUAAGGUGGAGCCAUUGGAUGAUACACAAUACAUAACUACUUGUAUUAAGGUGGAGCCAGAUGGUCAUACACAGUACAGAACUACUCACAUUAAGGUGGAGCCAGAUGAUCAUACACAAUUCACGUCUACUCGUAUUAUAGUGGAGCCAUUGGAUGAUACACAGUACCGAACUCCUUGUAUAAAGGUGGAGCCAGACGACCAUACACAAUACACAGAUCGACAGCAACAUCCAUACCCUCCUAUUACCGAGGCAUGUGACAGAGCAGAUGCCACCAACACGUCUGUGCCAACAGAUCCUAUACAGCAAUACCCAUCAAUUCACAUCAAGGAAGAACCAGUCUCCUUGGUGGAAAGAGAUGUCCUCAAUGUAACGUCCUAUAGAUGCAUCGAGUGCUCCGAAGUCUUCACCGCCAAGUUAGAUCUUAUCUGUCAUCAAAACAUUCACAAAAUAGAGAAACUGAAGUGUCCAGAAUGUGGAAAAUACUUCUCCAAUAAGUCCAAUCUUUCCAAUCAUAUCAGGAGCCACACGGGAGAGAAGCCUUACUCCUGCCCCGCCUGUGCGAAACGUUUCACCAGGAAGAGCACGCUCAUUAUACACCAGAGGAUCCACACCGGAGAGAAGCCCUUUGUCUGCUUAGAAUGUGGACGAAGCUUUCCCGGUAGAGGAAAUCUGAGGAAACAUCAAAAGGUGCAUAAACCCAAGAGGCCCAUGACUGUCCGGACCCUCCUCCACAUGCCGAUGACCCUCAUAGUAGACUCUAAUGUGGCCCCGCUGCAGAUGAGCUGACUCUAGUACAUCAACAUGGACGUGGAACAAGCUGUCCAGUGUUUCACGGUGCUGGUUACCAGGACAGACAUGGACUAUGGUGAUCUCUGCACUAUGGACACGUUUUUUUCCCAUGAAUAAAAACGAAAAAAAAAAAAACACGGUUGGUGUUUCGGUUUAGUUUAAGAGUGCAACUUAGACAUCGACCAAUAAUCGGUACAAUGCCCGGCAUUUAACAGAUCUUAGAAUUUCUGUAAUAUAGUUGUUUAUUUUUUAUUUUGAAGCAGUCAAGGUGGUUUCUCGUUGUUCUUAAAGGCCUUCUACUUGGAAGAACUUGUCAGGAAUAGGGAAAUAAAUAGGACGAAAGAAGAAACUUACACUGAACUAUGAUGGCCGCGUCAUUCUUGUUUCAGGGGGUUCCGCCUAAAAGGUCAUAACGUAAAACAGUCUCCUCUAGAGGUCGUGUUCUCCAUCUGAUCCUAAUUGUGGUCCUGUGGGAUAUAAGGUGGCCUUAUUUGUGUCAGCCCAUCCGGAUGAUUUUGGCAAAUCAUCUGAGGAGUAUGGUGGCUCCCCGACUCCUCCCAGAGGGCAGAUGUCCGUUGGAUGAUUUGAUGGCUGAUUCUUCUGUUUUCAAGGAAAUAAGCCACCACUCUUCUCGGGGAGAUGAGCCACCACUCUUCUCGGGGAGAUGAGCCACCACUCUUCUCGGGGAGAUGAGCCACCACACUUCUCGGGGAGAUGAGCCACCACUCUUCUCGGGGAGAUGAGCCACCACACUUCUCGGGGAGAUGAGCCACCACUCUUCUCGGGGAGAUGAGCCACCACUCUUCUCGGGGAGAUGAGCCACCACUCUUCUUGGGGAGAUGAGCCACCACUAGGGGAGUCCAACAGCAGCUCUCUCACCCCUCCCACUGGCUGAACGUGUACGGAGGAUUGAGUGGGAUGGCGAGCUAUUCAACCAACACCUACUCUACCUUAUUUGGCCAGCUUUUUGUAUAAUUCACCCAGCUUUAUUACAAUCCUGUUUUUGUAGAGUCAUAAUAGGAUUCAAGUCAAGCAGUGGUCUCUGAAUAUGUAGCCCUCCAGUUGUUGCAAAACUACAACAUCCAGCAUGCCCGGACAGCCAACAGCUCAGCGUGCGUGUUAUUCAGUGGGGAGAGGAGAGAAACCUGCAAACAUCUCAGGCGGCAGAUUAUGGCUAGAGACGAGAAAAGGAUCAGACGUUGAAAUUCAGCGCGGCCCACUGUUCUUCCUCCCGACUUCAUCUGUUGGGAAAGAGUCAGGGGGUCCCCAUACACAUCAGUUGGUGGUCCAGAUGACUUCAAUGUAUAUGGGGGACCUUUACAUGCAGCAGAUUGACUCUAUUUAGGGUAACUCUUUCCUGCCUGUGGUUUAGCACGUUUGGUAGCCAGGAAAAUGUUCUGACAUCUAGUGCAAAAA